CCAGAUUCUUUAAGUAACAUCAAUGGUGGCUUGUGAACGAAAACAUUGCACGUCGAUAAUGACGUUUUCCCCAAGUUUUGGCUAAAAUUUCCGAGCAGUCACGUUGCUCUCCGUGUGACAAUGUCUCAGUGGAUGAUGCGUGAGCGCUUGAACAUUUCUCCCAGGAGUUAAAGCGAUUUAUUGCUCGUCUUAGAGCGUAAUGGACCAAGUUUGUGGAGAUGCAGCUAAUGCCGAGCCUCAGGCAGCCAGAGCUCAGCUAGCCAUUGAUUGUGGUGGAGAAAGGUGCAGGGACCAGAACCACAAUGGAUGUAGAUGUUAGUGGAGCAAGUGUGUCUGACAGUGAAGGGUGUGGCAGUAGUUCAACCACAAGUCAUGUGAGUGGUCAGGGUGGAGUUGGUGGAGGAAGUAAACUCAAGAGGUCUAGCAGUGCUCCUAUGAUCAACCAGUUGGUGCCACAGGGGCCUGUUUCUGCACCCCCAAUGUCAUCGGUUUCUAGGGAUGCUGUAAUAGGGGAAGUUUCAGGUAGUCAGCCUCGAGUGCGCCGCUUCAGUGCUUCUUUUGGCCCUGUGUCCCCUCUGUCGCCAGGAAGCUCUCGAGGAAGUGGUCCCUUACGCGUGUGCCAACUGCGCGUCGAAGAAGGUAUGGAUGUUGUAAAUCGUGAGGCAGCCCAUGAAAGAACAGUUCAAUCUACACUUCAAAUUACAGACUGCCUGUCACAGUCUUGGGAAGACUUAACCUUGACUGAAGAUGUUGUACGCCCUAAGGCCCAUGCUGUUACUGGAAGUAGUGUUCCUACGAGUUUAGCUGCACCCAUAAAUGUCACCAGUAGUGUUGCUGCAAAUACACCUGGCACGGUGUCCACAGCUGUGCCAGCAGUGCGGCGAGACUUUACUGACCCAUUACACUUAACUAUUGUACCUACUGUUCUUCCUCUCACUGGAUGUGGCGCUUCACCUACCCGUGGAGUUGGUCGUCAGUGUUUUUCCCCAUCUCUUCAGCAGCAUGUCCGCAACACCUCCUUUUGCCCAUCUCCAUCCCCUACCAAGAAGACUUUCGCCACACGAAGAAGUUUGAGUCCAAUUGCUUUGCGCCCUUCACCCCUUGGACUUAAACGCAAGUGGGAAAUGGAUGAACGUUGUGAACCUUUCUUGACUCCUAGCAAGCGUGCAUCCACUUGUACUCCUGACCGUUGUGUUGGUGGCCUUCUUAUAACACAACCCCACAGUGUUGGCAGUUUGGAGAGUACACCAAGCCCUGCAGGUCCAGGGUCUUUAGGUAGUGUGGGCACUCCUGAAUCAGUAUGUUCCUCGGGUUCUCCAGGUCUCUCUGCUCCUCCUUAUUCUCCAGCUUCCUUAUCAGAAACUCCUGCCCCUACACCUGAUCCCCCACCACAUCUGUUUAAGCCAGUUUCGCCUGCACUUAACAGUGAUCAGACAGCAUCAUUUGGGAAUCAGGAACAUGGAGACCGUUUUGGAACUCAAGAACACGCUAAUCGAUUCGGCGGCCAAGAUCACAACGAUCGCUUUAGUAAUCGAGAUCACAGCGAACAGUUCGGAGGAAGAGAAUCCAGGGACCGUUUUGUUGGUCAAGAACACAAUGAUCGUUUUGGAGAACAGGAACAUACCAAUCAAAUUAGUAACCAAGAGCAUAGAGAACGAUUUGGAGGUCAGGAGCAUGGAGACCAGUUUGAUAGUCAAGUUAAAGGAGUAGACACUAGUGAUGGUAGCAGCAGUGAUGCUAUGAUUACAGAAGAUGUGCCAGCAAAUGACCUUAAAAGUUACCAGGAUAUGGACCUUAGUGAAUCAUUGACCCAACCACCACUUAAUAUCUGACAUCACCUUUGACUGUCACACCUUUGGCUCACUUGGCACAUUACUACAGGUAGUAGCUCUCCAGUGCAGCUGCAGUGUGAACAGUACACUUUAUCAUUAUCACGUAUCAUCUAGUGUUAUUUGUGAACAAGUAUAAACUUCUCUAUGUGAUAUGUAGACUUCCUCUUCAUUACUAACCUGCAAAGCUGUGAUGUUUGAUGUGGCAGGUGUGCACUUAAUGCAAAUUUGUGAGUGUAAUUUGUGUAUACAUUGAGGACUGAAUCUUUAAAUCCCUGUGAAAUAUUAUUUUAUGCUAGAACCCUGCAAUUACCUGCUAUUCCUCAAGUGAGUGAAGAAGCAUGAUGUUGGUCAGUUUAAGCUUUAUACCACUUGUAGUUUAAGAAUUGCAAUCAUUUUCUUCCCUAUAGGACUAUCCAUAUACAGGUACUUGUGAUAUUUAUCAACUUAAUAUUCCUGAGCUGAAUUUGACAUAUCUGUAUCCAUAUAGUGUGUGUGUGACUGUUGUAUAAUUAUCUUGCUCUUUCACAGGUUUCAUGAAUCGUGUUGACUAGUCGCAUUGUAUAAAACAGUACUUUAAGAAUGGGAUGCGUUAUAGUUUAUUGAAACAAAAGUGAAGAAAAAAGCUUACAGGACAUUUGGAAAUGUCCAAGUUUUAUCAUCUCCUUAGUUCAGGUAUUAGUUUAAUGCUAACACUCCUUCAAAGAGUAUAAAUACUGUACUUUCAUUUAUCAAACUUUUUUAUAAGUAGAUGCUCAGUUAUCCAAGUGAAUUGAAAGUAGGAAGGGAGAAGUUCACAUAAUGCAAAAGUUGGAUGAACAAGAAGUUUUUAUUUUCUAUUUUUUUUUAUCAAUAAAAGCAUGAUUUUAUAAGUAUAAUUAAAGUACUUUUUUUGUUAUUUGCAGUACUGUACAGGUCUCUUAUUUUGAAAUGUGUAUCUUUAUGUACAUUUUAAAAUUAGCUAACACACGUGAAAAAUGUCUCUCUUCACACCUUAAUAAAACUAAAAUGUAUCUUCACUUGUAAAACUUAACCUGCAUUUAAAUUCAACUUAGCAAAACUUAAUCAUAGCUUCUAGAUGUAGUACCAUAGCUGCGAUGUUCUGUACUUAGGUACUUAGACUACUAACAAAAAAUUUAUAGAUAUCAGUUGGUCUGUUUUUUAGAUUUAUUGACCAUCACAGUAAACUUUGCACCAGUACUUUCACAAAAUGAAUUCGGUCAGAAACUAUCAAGGGCAGGACUGAGAGCACCACGACUAGUGGUCAGGUAUAUUUUGAGAGAAACGCUGGUGAAAGAAAUCAAAGGAGCUUAAAAAGAUUAGUACCAGCAUGGGGACUAGGUGAAGUGUUAAAGGAAAGAUCAAGAUCAAGAACACAAGAAAGGAGGAACACCGCAGCAGACCUACAGGCUAGUCUUCCUCAAACCCAAACCCACUAGCAAAAAUAUUUACCCAACCCAUUUUCAGUGCUUCCCAAGGAAUAAGCUUCGAUAACUGGCAGGCUGGUUGUACAGCCUGCUCAGUCUGUUAAUUAGCUCAAGUUAUUGUUGGGAGAGUGUGACAAAAGAAAAACUGGUAAAACAAGGAGAAUUUGGACCAAGAGCUGUUGGAGAUGAGGCAAUGCAGUUUGCCCUUACGAAUUAUGGGAGCAAUACAGGUACAGGACGGGUCUUAGCCCGGGUCUUCAUGCUGUUACCCAUCAGUGGCUCCCCACUGGGGAGUGUCAUAUGGCAGCAGUGUUGAAAACAGUGGUUGCAAGAAGGUUACAGAGAUCACGUGGGAGAGAGGAAAAGAAAACAUGUUGACAGUGACAGGUGAGGAAAUCAUCAACAUAAGAGGAACACAUUAUGGUAGCUAUGAAGGAAAAAUUCAAAACAUUUACUUCAGGAAUAAUAUAUUUUGCAUUUUAGCAAGUAAAUCAUUUUUUUAAACACGCUCACCGUUUUCCACUGAGGCGGGUUGACCUGAAAAAGAAAUGCUUUCACCAUCAUUCACACUAUAGUGUGAAUGAUGGUAAAAGUAUACAUUAUUUAUCAUUCACACUAUAGUUUGAAUGAUAAUGUAUUUUGAAUGAUAUUGUAUUUUUUUUAUUUAAAUGCAUUUUUUGAUAGCAAACUUAGACAAUGGAAAUUUUUAUGUUCAUCCACUGGUGAUUGGAUAAUAGUGGUCACAUCCGAAUCAGCAGGCCUUUUGUUCACUGAGAAUUCAUCUGACAGAAUGUGGAUAAUCAAGCAUUUACUUAUACAUAGUUUGUUAUCCUGUUUGAAGCUAAUCCAGGUAUAAUACUCUCUACAAAUAUUUUGAACUGCUAUCGUAAGAUUUCUGUAUGAACUUUAUUGAAAAAAACUAUUUUCAACCUAUAUGUAAAAUAAUUAUGUCUCAAACUAUUUUUCAGCAUUCUGAAAAUGGAUGAACAUGAAUCUGAAUCAUGAGAUAUAUUAAAAAGCAAAAUGGACAUGUUAGUUUUUUUAUUUUUUUUUUUU